AUGCGGCCCCACAAAGCCCCGUUUCUUGCAUCGCUCCGGAAAGCGGUCUCGUUCAUCGCUCACGAGCGUGCGGAAACAACAACGUGCCCGAAGGAUAGAUUUGCUUCACUGGGUGUAGUGUCAAAAAGGACUUGGGACAGGGUGAUCAACUCCACAGAGCACACACGGACAAUGGGGGUCCAACUUGUCGGUGCUCCACAACGCCUCUUUGCGCCCUAUGGAGUGGCUCAGUGGCGUAGGAGCGAAACUCCUCCCAGCUGGAAAUCCUCGCCAGGCGCCGCGCGCCCGCACCCACCACCAUAUGGCAACACCAUGACUGGAACGUGCAAUGAUGUACGGCCAGUCGAACUGCCUGAGUGGGGGAGGAUGAACCUGGAAGGGAAAGACUGCCUCCUGUAUGGCCGGCGACCAGUGAAUUUCAUGGGCCGUUUCGACGCAUCAACCCGACCCGACAGAGGAGAGGCCAUCGAACCACCACCUCAUGAAGUCGAUCGCUAGCGAGGCGACCGUUCUCGGGAUAUGGGCCAUGCCAUUGAAUGAGGUUGAGAGAAAGCCUGGAGCUUCUUUAGUCUUUACCCUCCCAGGUCCCUUCCCGUGUCUAACGGCUAGUCAGUGCGUGCAGCGUGUCCCAGCUCAGUUAGCA